ACUUUCCCACCAAGAAUGACGGUUGUUUGUGCCUGCAGUGACGUCAUCAGAGGUCAGCCCCGCCCACACCGCGGCCCAGCCAGCAGCACAGUCAGCAGGAAGAUGGCGACCGACGAGAGGGGGGACUACGGGCACGCCAACAAGAAGCAAAAAAUCGACGAUGGCUACAUCGUGCAGUCUGGAUCCAGGGACAAGUCUGAAGACCCACACAAGCCCUCUCCUUCACCAGUUGUGCAUGUGCGCAGUCUGUCGGAGAAUGUCAUCGAAGCAGACAUCGUGGAAGCGGUCCAGCAUUUCGGACCCAUCAGUUACGUUAUCAUGAUGCCAAAGAAGAGACAAGCGUUGGUUGAGUUUGAGGACAUAGAUGGAGCGGAAUCCUGUGUCAAAUUUGCUCAGACCAACCAGUGCUACGUUGGAGGCGCCCCAGCUUACUUCAACUACUCCACCAGCCAGAAGAUCUCCCGCCCGGGCCGGCAACGUUUAGGGAAUGGUACAGUGGGACACAAUGGACCGGAGGAUACCAGAAAUGCAAAUCACAUUCUCCUCUUCACCAUCCUGAAUCCCACCUACCCCAUCACUACCGAUGUGAUGUACACCAUCUGCAGUCCCUGUGGAGCCGUCCAGCGGAUUGUGAUCUUCAAGAAAAACGGAGUGCAAGCCAUGGUCGAGUUUGACAACAUCGGGAGCGCACAGAAAGCGAAGGCCUCGUUGAACGGGGCAGACAUCUACUCAGGCUGCUGUACCCUGAAGAUUGAAUAUGCUAAGCCCACCAAACUGAAUGUGCAUAAGAACGACAGCGAGACAUGGGACUACACCAACCCUAACCUGGGCUCAGGUGGCGGAGACCAACAACCGAGAAAGAACCAGGGCCCCCUCCUGAGGGAUCCACCUCCCCAGUAUGGUAAUGGCCGUGGAGGAGCAGGCCCGCCCAACUUUGGUAACCAAGAGUUCCAGAAUCCUGGCUACCACAAUCCCCCUGGCCAGCAUGGUGGCUUUGGGAACCAGGGACAUCCUCCCAACCAGGGUUACAACAAUCAGUUCAACCAAGGACAGAACUACCAGCCCUUACAACAAGACCAACAGUUUGGAGGUCAGGGUCAGUAUGGACCCCCCAUGGGAGGUCCCGGAGGCGGUAACAUGGGCCCCCCUCCCCAGCAGCGCCAGCCCCCCUCCUACUCCCCAGGACCCCCCCAGCCAGGCCCAGGGGGGCCGGGACCACAGGGCAGCCCGGUGGUGAUGGUGUAUGGCAUGGUCCCAAACAAGAUGAACUGUGAGCGGCUCUUCAACCUGCUCUGUCUGUAUGGGAACGUCAUGAAGAUCAAGUUCAUGAAGAGCAAGCCCGGGAGCGCCAUGGUGCAGAUGGGAGACCCCUCCGCCGUGGAGCGCUGCAUCAACAACCUGUCCACCUGCGUGUUGUUUGGUCAGCAGCUGGCACUCAGCUACUCCAGGCAGAAGUUUAUUGAUGAGAAGGGUCAGCCUUUCCUCCUGGAGGAUGGAACGUCCUCCUAUACAGACUUCACCAACUCCAAGAAUAACAGGUUCUCAACUCCAGAAGCAGCUGCAAAAAAUCGUAUCCAACAGCCAUCAAAAGUGCUACACUUCUUCAACGCCCCUCCCGACGCUACAGAGGAGUCUCUGAGACAGCUAACAUUUAGUGAUGCAGGAGUGCCUCCCCCAACUGCUAUAAAGAUGUUCCAGUCAAGAAGAAUGCCAUUCAAUGCUGGUUGCGAGAGACCCAGACCAGCGGAGAGAAGCUCCUCCGGACUGCUGGAGUGGGACAAGCAGAGCGAUGCCCUGGAGGCGCUGGUCAUAUGUAACCACAGUCAGAUGGCCAGCCCAAAGGGCCGGUACCCCUUCACCCUAAAGCUUUGUUUCUCUGCGGCCAUCCACGCUGUGUGAGGGACACACCACUGCCCACCACCCCGGGGACUGUUCCACUCAACAUUUAUGUAGAUGGAUGAAGCAUCAUAUAAACUACCUGCCGGUGUACUGAGGGUUAAACUAAGGGUUAAACUAAGCGACGGUGUUCAGUUGUAUGCGAGAGGGUGGAGCCCAGUGUAUGCACCAUCUCUACAGUGUAUGGUCAUGUAUUGGUUGGUUCUGUUUGGGCAAGUCCACUCUCUCAGCUUUAUCAUGUUGAUGUUUCCGUACUACCUUUUAGCAUUAGACCCAGUGUCUGAUUUUCAUGUGCUCUGAGAUGUCCAAACAAUGUAGCAAUAGUUGCCUGUUGUGAAGUAGUAGGGAGGUUUUUGUUGUACCACCAGUGGUAGCACCCAACACAGUAGUCAGUCUGACCAGAACAGUGCCAUUCUUUUUUAACAUACGGGUGGUUCCUUACAUUCACUGUCUUGCAGGAGGAAUCAAGAUUUCAAAAGAAAGCCAUGAAUUUUUUUAUUGAUCCAGACAGAGUAGGCAAUGUACUAACCGCAACUUUGGUACCAUGCCAUGGUGAUUUUUACGGUAUGAGUUUCUUACGACGUUUGAUACUGGAAGUUGUAUUUAGCAUGAGAAGUCAGAGCACCAUUUCCCAGUCUCGACUAAUAUCAGCAUUACUGUGUUGUCACAGAAAGAAAAAGUGAUCAUGUUGGGUAGUUAGCUAGCACUUGUGCUGGACUGUAUAGUACAACAUGGUUCUGUAAUAAGAUGUAACCUCCCAACACUCAGUAUUCUUGGUACUUUUUGUGUUGUCACCACCCUUGGUUUGCUUGUGCUGUAUGCUGUAAUCCUACGUGUAUUUAUUUUUUGUGUUACUGUGUACAUUUGUCAAAGAAUGAUAGUCACUGUAAGUUGCAGCAAGAAAUGACUAGUACAUAUAGAUAAAUAGAGGUAUUUGCUUUGUUUUGUUUUGUGUUAUGAGUUUUGGAUUGUUUAAGUUGAUAUUUGAGGCUAUAGAAACAAGUAGACACCAGUUUUGCAAAUUUUUGUUUGUUUCAGUGUUCUUUUUUGAAUGUUGUACUCUAUUUUUGUAUUACCAAAUUACAUGGCAGAUGCAGCAUUGAUUCUGUUGAGAGCAGUUUAUACGUUGCUGUGUAACAAAUUGUAUGUAUCCUAACUCAAGUCGACACAAGUCUACUAUACCCUACCGACAUGCUAUAACCAGGGAAUUAAAGAUGAUAUUUACGUAAUGACUGGACCUCACAAUGUUAUUACUGUAUGUUAACAAUAACAUUGGAUUUAGAGUGUCUUCACUGUUCACAAUUUGUAACAAUAAACUUUCUCUUAUUCUGA